GCUGUGGAGGGGCCUGGCUUUUGUCUGAGAGGCUCCGAGGAGGCCUAGGAGAGAUUAGAUCAUGCGCUGGCAGGGCUGCCGAGACCACGGGGCCAGCCCAGCCCGGCCAGGGGACGGAGGCCCAGAAGGAGCGGGCUGCGGGGUCAGGCAGCGGACACGGGCAGGAAGGAACUGAGACCCUGGCUUGGGGCAGUGAACCCCGUAGAAGCAGAGACCGGGGGCUCUCUCUCUGGCUCCGGCGGAACUGGGGGAGGCAGGGCCAUGCCGGCCAGACGAGGCCUGUGGUGCCCACUGGACACCAGUGGUCCGACAUCUGCUGGGCCAGGGCCAGAGUGCACAGGCUCUGGACCCCCGUCCCAGGCAGACCUGUGCAGUUCAGAGGGAGGGACCCGGAGCAAGCAUGGCUGUCAGCAUGCUGUGGGAAGAAGCUCUCCUGGUCAUGGCUAUGCGGUCCAGGGAGCCAGACUGGUGGAAGAGAACGGAGGAUCUGAUCCCAUCCUUGGCUUUCUCCAUGCCUGUCUGGACGCGGGAGCCCCCUCCAGGGAGCCUCCUGCCAGGGGGCACGUGCUAUCCAGGCUCACCACUCAGUGGAGCGUGGAAGAUGAAGAAGAGGCCGCGAGGGAGAGGCGCCGGAGAGAGAGGGACAGGCAGCUGCGGGCCCAGGACGAGGACGGAGAUGGCCAGUCCCCGGAACAGCCAGAGCAGGAGAAACUCCUCAGCCUGAAGCCCUCCGAGGCCCCCGAACUGGACGAGGAUGAGGGUUUCGGUGACUGGUCGCAGAAGCCGGAGCAGCGGCAGCAGCACUCCGGAGCUGGGGAGCCUGUGGAUGGCGGGGCGCCCCCUCGGGCUGAGAGUCCGGAGGGGGAGCAGGAGGAGGACAGGCCCCACCAGCAUGGUCCCGGGAACGAGGAUGGUGACAAGCUGAGCCCAGCUGGGGUCAGCCUGGAGGAGUUGCGUCUGAGCCAUGGGUCAGAGCCCCAGGACGAGACAGAGCCCAGAGGCCCAGAGGGGACCAGCCAAGGCCUGGCAGAGGCUGAGGAGGCAGAGGAGCAGCACCAGAAAUGUCAGCAGCCCAGGGCACCCAGCCCCUUGGUCCUGGAGGAGACGACCGAACAGGGCUCACCUCCCCUGAGCCCCAGCAUCAAACUCAGUGACAGAACCGAGUCCCUGAACCGCUCCAUCAAGAAGAGUAACAGUGUGAAGAAGUCCCAGCCAGCCCUGCCCAUCUCCAAGAUUGAUGAGCGGCUGGAGCAGUACACCCAGGCCAUCGAGACUGCUGGCCGGACCCCCAAGCUAGCCCGCCAGCCCUCCAUUGAGCUGCCCAGUAUGGCCGUGGCAAGUACCAAGAGCCGGUGGGAGACGGGAGAGGUGCAGGCUCAGUCCGCCGCCAAGGCCCCCUCCUGCAAGGAUAUUGUAGCUGGAGACAUGAGCAAGAAAAGCCUCUGGGAGCAGACAAGUGGCUCCAAGACGUCGUCGACAGUUAAGAGCACCCCGUCUGGGAAGAGGUACAAGUUUGUGGCCACCGGACACGGGAAAUAUGAGAAGGUGCUCGUAGACGAGGGCUCGGCACCCUAGGCCGCCCUUCUCGCUUUCCCGCCACUGCAGUGCAGGCUGAGCUCCCUCCGUGCUCCCAGGGGAGAGUCCAGCCGGAUGCCCACCCUGGCCUGCCGAAGAAGCUGCUUCCAUCACCUGCUUGGCCUGCCCACGCCCCUCCAACACCCGCCACCACCACCACCUCUUUGCUCCUGGACCCUCCACCUUCUCUCCCCUCCCAUUGUCUGACCAUGCCCCCCCAGCCUGGCUCUGCCUCUUAUAAGCUCAGGCUGGCAGCUGGCUAAAGGGACCCCCUCCCCCAGAGAAGCCAAGAACUCCCAAGGAAGGUGCAGCCUGUGCAGAGAGAGGGCAUCUGUGGGGGACCUCAUGGUCAAGAGCCAGUGACACCUGAGCUGGAUGCUUAGGCCCUGCAUCCUUCUCUGCCCCCUGCUUGCAGACCAAUCCAUUUUGUGCAAUAAAGCUCCUCGUGUGUCCCCA